AUGUCGGACUUCGACGAUAAAGAUUACAGAUCGAGGUGCAGCGAGAAAACGCUGCAAACCGAGUGCAAUGGCUUCUUCAUGGACUUCGUUCAUUUAGUGAAGGAAAACGCCGGAGAAACGUGGAUCAAAAAAAAGUUCGGGCGAUUGAAAAGCGACAAAGAUAGGAUCAGGAGUGUUUACGAAUCUGAAGAGACGAAAGAAAUUGUUCUAAAACUACUAUCAAACGUCCAGCAAGUAUACAGAAAGAAAGACGGUACGAUAUCGAUUUUGAAAAGGCUUGAAGCUGAAGCUGCGUUCGAUGAUGGCGAUUUUAAUAAAUCUCUUCUGUUGUACAGCCAAAGUGUUCUUAGAGCCCCCAAAACAGGAGAAUGCAGUACCUACGAUUCUGGUUUGUCGCUUUCACUAGCACUAUGGGGUCGUGGAAAGCUGCUGAUUUCGAUGCAAGAAUACCAUUUAGCUUUGACUGAUAUUCAACAAGCUAUCAAAGAACAUCUUCCAAAUAUUUUCAAAGGCGAUGCCUACUGGAAAAUGGCUAUAUGUUACAAAGCCCUUAAGGAAGACAAAAAGUCUAAAGUAGCGUACGAUUUGGCUGAAAAACUAUUGGAUUCCAAAGAACGUUUAGAGGAAAUAAGGAAAGAUAGGGAAUCCGACAUUCGCUGGGUUGGAAAUGGAGCUAAAAAUAGCAAGUCGAAUACAAGCAAACCGUUUCUCUCCGAAAAACUUACCGUGAAAACCGCCGAAAACCUUGGAAGGUUCGUCGUUGCAAAGAAAGAAAUCAAAACCGGAGAAACCUUAGUUGUGGAAUCUCCAUACGCAGCUUGUUUAUUACCAGAUAUGUUCGGAACGCACUGUCACCAUUGCUUCGUUAGACUGCGCGCCCCUGUGGGUUGCCCUGACUGCUCUAAUGUAGCCUUCUGCUCACCCACCUGCAAAGAUGCUGCUACAUCGACGUAUCAUACUUACGAGUGCAAGUAUUUGGACCUUCUUAUUGGCUCUGGAAUGAGUAUUUUAUCUCAUACAGCUUUAAGGAUGAUAACCCAACAGAGUUAUCAGAAAACUUUGGAAAUGUGCAAAACAAAAUCAGACCAAGAGGUGCUCUCUUUGUGCACGAACAGCGACAAAAGGGAAAGCGGCGAUUUCCUGCAAAGAGCCCUAAUGGCAGCCUUUUUGUUGAGGUGUCUUCAGAAAAGUGGAUAUUUUGGAACCGAUGGAAGCAACGUGCUACCCAACGAAGAUGAGCUCCUAAUAGGUGAAUUGUUAUUAUUUAACCUGCAAAUGCUGCAAUUUAACGCUCACGAAGUAUUCGAGCAGCUCAUGACGAAUGAUUGCGACUUGAAAUCCUCUAAAUUAUUGUACAUUGGAGUCGCUAUUUACCCGAAAGUAGCCUUAUUUAAUCAUGAUUGCUACCCUGCUGUUACCAGGUAUUUCAAGGGGAAAGACAUAGUCAUUACAGCAGUUAGACCUCUACACCCGAACGAUACUGUUGCCGAGAAUUACGGACCGAUUUUCUCCAGGAAAACUUUGCAGGAUAGACAAAGAAUAUUAUCUUCCAGGUACUGGUUUAAAUGCGAAUGCAACGCUUGCACGUUCAACUGGCCUCUAAUGGACGCAUUAGAAGAAUCAACCAAAAACAUAAGGUGCUGCAAUGAAAAUUGCAAUGGAUAUUUUACUCUGCCUGUGUCAAACGUUUCGAUUACUUGCUCCAAAUGCAAAGCCAUCACGAAAGUCGAAGAUCGAGUGAAAUUGCUGCAACGAUGCGAGGAGCAGUAUGAGGAAGGAUUUGAGUUGAUGAUGAAUCGGAAAUACGAGGAAGCUGCAGCUGUGUUCUGCAAAGCUAUCGAUCUAUUUAACAGUAUUUCUUGCCCACCUCAUAGGACUACCCACAUGGCCCAGGAAGCGUUACAACUUUGCCUGACUACCUUUGGAAACGUCUCUAAUGUUCUGGUUAAAAAAUCUUAAUUUACAAAUGUACUCUUUUUGGCUGAAUAAAGAGUAUCCAUUGUUAA